ACUGACGCAGGACUAACGCUAGUCACGAGAUUUAAUACGUAGUUUGCUAGCCCUGCCUGCUCACACAGGGGAUUAUAACUAUACGAGUUGUAUGACGUAUUUUUCCGGACCUUGUCCAAGCAGUGCUUGCCACUGCUUGCAACAUAAUCUAAUCAGUCCUGGAUAUAAUAAAAAGCGGCUUCGUUCUUAUAUUAUGUGUCUUCCUGUUCCAAAGAACGAUCAAAAUAAUGGAGAUAGUAGUUAAGUUAAACAACCAAACUGCGGGCCGGGAUAAGCUCGUUAGAUUGUUCCAGUAUGCGAGCAAAGUUGCAUGGCAUUUUAUGCAAGAGAAAAGACUCAGUCGUCAAACAAUUGACCGAUUGAAAAAUUUGGAAUACACUUUUAGCUCGUUUCGAAAAUUGUUGCGGUUAGGAAGAUUUUUGGAUACUUUAUACGGGGCACUGUCAACUCUACAUUAUCCAGAUCUCACUAUUAGAAUCACAUGCACACUGUCAAAAAUUACAAAUGCAUUGUACCUUUUGGCUGAUCAUAUUCUAUGGAUAGGACGUACAGGUUUGGAGACCUGUUCAGAACGGGAGAAUCUCUUUUUCAGUCUUUAUAUUCGUUCUUGUUUGAGGAGUUUCCGAUAUUGGGCAGAUGUUUCUUUCAGAAACGACCGCCAGAACGGCAAUAGCGCCUCAACUACUGGACUCUCUGAACAGUUGUUUUCAGGUGGGUACAUAAGAAAUGUGUUAUAUUUGAGAAGUAAAUGUAAAUUUGAAUUGGCAUGUGAUGUUCAACAUUCUUUCUUCAGAAACAGUAGGGUUAGAGAAAAUGAAGGUAAAGUGCGUCAAAAUGAGGAGACAGCCCCACCUACUACUCCAGAGUUGCUG